AGGGGCACGGCGGCCACUGAUUCGAGCAAGCAGGAGGCGGCGGCGAAGGAGACAGCUCCUCUGGGGCGGAGUAGGGCGUCAAGGUGCUGCCCAAGCCCAAGGUCGACAUGGAGAGGAAUCUGGAGGAUCUGUGGUCGUCUGCUUUUCCUGUUGGGACUGAGUGGGAAAACAUUGACAUUGAUAAGAUAAAGGAAUUCAAUUGGAACUUCGAAAAUUUAGAGAAAACACUAGAGGAAGGGGGGGAACUAUAUGGGAAGACGGUUUACUUGUUUGGAAGCACGGAGCCACAACUAUUGGAUGUUAAUGGUGAAUUGAAGAUAGUGGUUGUUCCUGUUGUAGUUGCUGUUGACUGUCCUUUUCCUCCAUCAGAUAAGAUUGCCAUAGAUUUUGUUCGAACGGGAAAAGAAGAAAUAGUACCAAUGAAAGAGAUGAAGAUGUCAUGGGUGCCUUAUGUUCCUCUUCAGGACCGGUCUGGCAGGAUUGGAAGUUUGAAAACAAAAAUCUUCACUCUCUGUUGCACCCAGCGGAGGUCUGCCCAAACUGAGAGAGCCAACAAGUUCUACUACUACACGCCCUACAUGCCACUAAAUCCUCAUGGCACAGUUGUCCGCGUCAUAUAUCCUCUAGAACCCCCGAUAGUUUGUGAUUUUGACUUGGAAUGGGAUGAUUACAAGGUUUUAGCUCAUAAGCUAGUCAAAGAUGAGGGGUUGCCAGAGGAUGAGAGGGAAAAAAUUGAGGAAUUUCUAAAGGAGAAGGUUAAACAAGGGAAAAUAGAACUGGAACAGGCUGAAGAGGCACGGAAGAAAGCUAUUGAAGAUAUGGACCCUAAGCAAAGAGAAGCAUAUGAAAACAUGAAACUUUACAAAUUCUAUCCUGUGAAAACCCCGGAUACACCUGAUGUUAACAAUAAGAAGUCGAGGUACAUCAACAGAUAUUAUGGCGGCGCGCAUUAUCUGAUGUAAUGGUGUUCCUGAUCUCACAUGUUUGCUAAACUGUUAUUGAUUAAUCUAUCCAACUUGAAGAGUUCUUGUUAUGGAAGCUGGGUAGAGAGCUUGGUGACAUAAGAGUGUAGUCUCGUGUUGGUCCAUUAGAUACAAUGUUGCAUCUGAACUCAGUUGUAAUGGAGCUACUGUCACUUUUCUGAGCAUCCCGUAGGCAUUGAUGUGUUUAACAUCCUGAGCUAACCAAGGAACCUCCUGACCGAUUUCAUCGGCGAGCUUCUUCAU